AUGCCUACCAUUCUGCCAGAAUCUCCAGACACGAACAUCUCAUCUAGCUGCCAUGACAAUGAGAGAACGUCCUGUAAGGAGGAAGAGCAGGAGAAGAGCGCAGAUCCAAAGAAGCAUUCACUGUCCAAAGAGUCCAGCGUGGAAUACACCGACUCCACCGGCAUAGACCUGCACCAGUUUAUCAUCGACACCCUCAACAGCAACCCCAGAGACCGAAUGAUGCUGCUUAAACUGGAGCAGGACAUGACUGGCUUCAUCACCAGCAAUAGCUCCUUUAAGAAGUUCCCUCAGAUGUCGUCCUACCACCGUAUGCUGGUCCAUCGGGUGGCGGCCUACUUUGGCAUGGAGCACAAUGUAGACCAGACCGGCAAGUCUGUCAUCAUCAACAGGACCAGCAGCACACGCAUACCGGAGCAGCAUUUUUUGGAGGAGGUGCAGGACAAGACAGAUGAAAUCCACUGCUGGAAAAGUAUCUUGAAGAGGGACAGCAGCACAGAUGAUCAGACCCGAAACCACCCCUUUCGGGAGAAGCAAAGCAAGUCAGUGGAGGAGAGAGAGGAGGAGUACCAAAGAGCACGAGACCGAAUCUUUAACCAAGAGCCUCUCUGCACCCAGGAGAGCGCCCAUGCAGAAACCAGGGCUGUAGAGGAGUACAACCCAUAUGCUGAAACCCAGAGGAGAAGACAGCAAUUUAGGAGGAGCCGCGACAGCUCAGGCUCCAGUUGGACGGGCAGCAGCAGGCAGAGCAGCACCGACACCGACUGUCGCUAUGGCAACGACCCCCAACCCUGGAGCAGCACAGACUCUGAUUCCUCCUACCAGUGGACAAGUCCCGCCCAAAAACCCCGUCAACCCGCCAACCUCAGCUGGGAGGGACGCGGUUCAGGCUCCAUUUCUCUGUUCAGACUGCCACCUGCCUGUCCCCACCCCCCGUCUCCGCCCAUUGUAGAAGAGCCGGCUCACAGCUCUGUCUACAUCAUUGAGAAUGGGAUCCCACCCGGCAGCAUAUUAGUGAACCCACAAACUGGGCAGCCAUUCCUGAACCCUGACGGCUCACCCGCUGUGUACAACCCUCCAGAAACUCAGCAGCCAAUCAGGAGCCAGACUCAGAUGCAGGGCUCUCUGCCUCAGCCGCAGCAACAGCAGCAGGUGGUUCAAUACUCGUCUGUCUCUUACUCAGCUCCACAGAUGUUGCCUGUCACUCCCUCACAGCCGUACUCGUCAAUAGAGGACCUCUCUUCGCAGUUCGCUCACAUGACAGGAAGCUGUCAGUCAACUGGUGAAGCCCCAUCUCUCUACCCUCCCAGUCAGAGUUACAUCUAUGCAGCUCCUCCCCCACCUCCCCUCCAAAACCCCCCCAGCUACUGCCAGCCCUCACCUCAGGUGUCAGUGUUUUACUACGGCCAGUACCCUACCUCAGUUCAGCACGGAUGCAGGCCUGUCUCACCCAGCCAGCAAAUCCACAGCCAAGUAGCACAACCAACAGCAGGUUACCCUCCCACUGUGGGGGUGCAGCAAUCCUCCCACACUCAGGCCCAGGCUGUGCUGGGGACCUACUCACCACUGGCCUCUCAUCAGUGUAGCAUGGUUCAGGGGGGCGUUCCAGUGUCCUACCCCCAGACUAAAGUUGUGACCGGGGUGGGUGGGGAGGUGGGUUACUGCGUGGUGGCUCCCCCGCCGUCCCACCACAGCACCUGCCUUCCUCCCAGCUGCACCAGCCUCAGCGCUCCGGCCUGGAGUGCACAGUACUGAUGACGCCUCAGAGGAUGGAGCGAUGAUACUUGUGGUUCCUGCGUGACCUCACCGCACACACUUAACGCAAACGCCUUUUUAUUUUCCGCUCUCCCCUCCCUCCCUCCCUCCCUCCCUCCCUCACCUACACGCCUUCUUCCUGACGAUGCCCACAGGGCUCACUGUUCACACACACACAUAAAUGUACCACUGUACCAAAGCUUAAUAGUAUAUAUAUCAGAGCUGCUGUAUUGAAUGCAUUAUUUAUAUACACAAAUGGAGUUUUAUAAAUAUAUUAUAAAUUAUAUACUGUGUUUUAAUGCACUGUGUGAAGAGAAUAAAGUGUUAUGGCUG